AUGCUUUCAUUCUGUGAUAUUGAAAACCAUCUUAACUCAUAUGAUGAUCAACAAAAUGAUAAUAAAUUAAUUUUUUCAGAGAUAUUAAGUUGUUUAAAUGAAAACAAACAAUUACUUCUAAAUCCAUCAAUCUUUAAUGAUUAUAAUCACUCAAAAUCGACAACUACAAACCCUAAAACUCUUAACCUAAGAGGCUCCACCUAUACCAUUGCUGAGGAUGAUUUCCAAACGGCUCUCAUGCUAAACAAAUAUUCUAAUCUAAGUCUUAAUGAAUCUCUCCGAGUUCUAAGUUUAAGAUCUGUUAAAAUUAGAGACACAAAAAUAUUAUCCUUAGCAUCUUAUAUCUAUAAUGAAAGAAAUUCUGUUUGGAACUCGAUCUUACUUUUAUUGACUGAAACAUCUUAUCCUUUAAUUGAAAAACAAUACGUGGAAUAUUUUGACUCUGUGAAUUUAGAAUUUACCAAAAAUAUCGUGAAAUAUUUACAAGAGUUGAUGAAUAAUUAUUUAGGCGUUGAAUAUACUACUUCUGAAAGAGUUACAAGAAAGGAUUUUGAGAAACUCAAAGCAUUGAGAAAAUCAAACGAUUUAAUUACCAUCACGUUAUUAUUAAAACUGUUAACAAUUCUAUAUUUGCGUUCUAACCUACCUAUUGAACAAACUUUGGAUUGGGUGACUUUUUUAGAAUCGUUGAAAUUGUUUUACAAUACCUUAUACAUGGAAAAUAAUAAAUUUGAUGCUAAAGUAAUUUCAACUAUCAAAUCACUAGUGUCAAUUAAUGGUCUAAUUGUAUUAGGUUUAGAUACCACUACUUUUUCUAUUAAACCAGAUAUUCCAUAUUUUACUGAUUCUUCCUCUUUUAAGCAAUUACAAAUGCUUCUAGUUAACUCAGAUGAUCCCUUAUUGUUAUAUAUGUGGUCCUUCAUACUAUUUACCAAGAGCUGCUUAUUAGAGGAAACCCCUGAAACUGAAUUUCAAUUUAUUAAAGAUGUAUUUGAUGAUAUUCCAAUCUCUAAUUUAACAACUCAAUUUGCUACAAAAGCCGAAUCUUUAAAUAUAUUUCAAACAUUAAGGAAUGUUACCAAAGCAAUUACAUCUAACUCAGUUUAUUCCACUAUAUUAUGCUCAUAUUUAAGUUUAGCUUUAAACUUUAUUCCAAUAAAUAUAGAAAUGUCUGAAAUUAUCCGCGAUGUACUAUUAAGAACUCCAAUUGAGUUUGUUGAGAAAUUUUUAAUUUCACCAUCAUUUGAUAAGAAAGUUAAAAUAUUGACAGGUAAAUUACCACUUGUCACUGAGGCAUUAAUACCACUAAUAAACAUUUCUAGUGUUCAUCCAGAGUUUGCCGACUUUCAAUGGAAUAGUAUCAAUACAUAUAUGGUUGAACUAAAACUUGGAGAACUUAAUUAUGACCUGGUUGAUGAUGAUAACACAUCAAUGUCUUCAGAUUAUAUCGUAUUAAAGACCGAAUUACUAGUCACUCCACCUUUUGAAACCGAUGAGAAUUGUAAAUUACCACUCCCUGCUGGUACCAAAGGUAAAAUUAUUCCAAUUGUAAACUCAACUGAAGAUGAUGUUAUUAUAUUUUCAUUUCAAUAUAAUGGUUGGUCUAUGAUAGGCCGCAUUUUACAAAAUAUAUGCGUAUCUUAUGUCGAGAAAAAUACUGAUCUAUCUGAAUUGGAAGAAAAGAUUCUAUGCUCUAUUGUUCAAUUGAUUAGCACCAUUGGAUCUUCUUACAUUUCGAAGGAGAAAUAUGAGGAUAUUGUGGAACAACUUUCUUCGUUCGUUUCCCAAAAUGACAUUUUUACUAUAUUUUUUAGAAUUUUCGAACAUUCUUUACAAAAGAGAAAGUAUUCCUUACUUACAAUUUUUAUGCAUAGUUUACCAAUUCUAUUUACACAUUCUCCAAGCAUUAUUUGGUCUUACUUAACUAGUUCUGAAUUAUUAGAUAGACACGGGAAGAAUGGUAUGGUAACCUCAAUCUUAGGAUCAUUAGAAAUCCCAACCGGUGAUUAUGAAUUUACCAUUGUACUAUCCAAAUUGGCAGAUAAAUUGGUUCAAAAUUCAUUAAUGCUGAAUUCUGACUAUUCAGUUAGAGCCAAACAGGAUGUAAUUUAUAAGUUAACUUUACAUUUACUUCAUGUAUAUGAAAGCUAUCAAUUUUGGAUUUAUUCAGACCGACAACAAAGAUAUGAUCUUGGCUAUUACUUAACUUCAUUUUUUUCUCAAAUGGUUCAUCAUGUUUAUGGUAUUGAUUCUGAGUCAAAGUUAAAAGAUAAAUUUACCAGUGUAAUCUCUGAAGCUAGUGAACGUAUUGUGGAAACAUUUUUGAACGCUCAAUCUCCAGAUGUACAAGCUGCAAGAACUCUAAGCACUGUUAUAUUAUCAUCCAACUCUGAUUUGAAUAGCGCAGCAAAUUAUCAAUCAUUAAGUCAAACUUUUAAGAAAGUCAUAUAUCUGUCCUAUAAGUUUUCGAAUCUUUUAAUUGCGGUUAGAGGUUCAUUACAUUAUCCACCAAGUACUUUUGAAAAAAUAUUAUUCAUCAAAUCUCCAGAAUUGGUAGAAUUAUAUAAUAAAAACUCUGCAUUAAAAGCUAAUGUUAUUCAAUUAUUUGACUCACUAGUUGGAAUUCCAUGGACGGAUAAUUAUCCAUUUUUAUUAUCAUAUCUAGGGAAAGAUCAUUCAAAAUUAUUCCUAAAUGCUAUUUCAUUAGAUUUGAAAUCUAAAAUCACAAGCCAUAGAUUAUUAAAGAAUAUUUACUCAUUUUUUAGUACGCUUAUGGGUAGUAAACAAGAUGGGCUAGCAAUCUUAUUCCUUACUGGAUCAAUAGCUGAAGAGAAAGAAAAGAAGGAAAAAAUUGGUGACUCUAUUUUAGAUAUUUUAAAACAGAAUGCUCUAAAAUUAGAUGUACUACCAGAUAGUUUAGGUUGUGCGUUGCUUGAUGCUAUUGCAUACUCAUUAAACACAUGGACUAAAACUAAAAAUUCAAACAUCGAUUCUCAGUUUAUUGACGUACUCUUAAAGAAGUUGAAAAAAUUUCAAUCAGAUACAGAUAAAAGAUAUGAAUCUAUUGAAGAUACUUUAGUUUUGAGUAAGAAAUACGAGCUCACCUCAAAGAUUGUUGAAAUUUUUGCUUUGUACUUGUUCUCUUCUCAUGAUAAUAUUCCAAAUUUACUCCAAUUCUUUGAACAACCUGCUCUAGUAAGCUAUAUCAAACACGCUUUCACUAUUAAUGAUUAUGAUAAUAAACUCCAAGAGAAUAUAUCUUCUGAAUUUCAAGGAAUAUGGCCUCAUUUAAGAUUAUCUAUGUUUAGUGUUGCACCAUUACUCAGAAAGAUUAUCGAUAAUGAACACACUACCUUUGACUUAGAAUUUAUGGAUAGACUACUGGCGAACGAUCCAAGAUGGAAAGGAACUAACACAGUGGGGUUUAGAGAAAAAGUAUUAAAAGCAACAUCCAACUUUCAAUGUACUCUUCAUCAAAUUAGUACCGCAAAAGCUUGGGGCGCAUUAUUAACUUCAUAUAUUAAAAAGUCCCCCAAAAAAUUAAACAUUUCUUUCCUAACUAUUGCUUCAUGCUUACUACAAUGUAAUAUUGAUAUGCUAGAUAGAUCUGCUAUAAUGACACAAGUGUAUUGUGAAAGACUUGAAUUGUGCUUUUUUAUUUUAUAUGUAAUUCACAAUGAUGGCACAAUGAUUCCAGAGGGUGAAUUAAUUGCCAUCUUUUCCCAAUUAAUAAUUAUACUAAAAUCGAACAGCUCUCUCUACUUGAGUAAUAUUGCAGACUCUAAUAAUAAUAAUUCAUACAGACCAAUAUUUCGUUCUAUGCUAAUAAUAUUAAAAAUGGCUAAUGCAUCGAAGACUUUCCUUGAAAAUGCUUCUGAUGAUUUAUUAGAAUUCUUUGAAUUAUCAUUUUGUAAAGGUACACAUUUAAUUUUCUCAGCUAUUUUAUCUGACAUAAACGUUUUAAAUUCAGACGGCGAGAGUGGCACUAUUUUUAAUAUGGCCGAAAGAUUUCAAGAUUUAUUUACGUUAUUAUCAAUAUUCACACAUAUUAACAAAUUCAAGCCAACAAAUGACUUUAGCAUUGUUUUAGCAUCAUCAUUAAACGAGGUUGGUACUUUGAAAGUAAUAUUAAAUAUGUACUCUAGUGCACAUUUAUUCAAAUUAAACAAUGACAUUAUUCUUGGCCCUCUUAUUUUAAGCUUUAUCACUGAACUGUGCACAAUGAAACCAAUCGCAGAAAAAUUUAUUACAAAUGGACUCUUUGCCGUAUUAUUAGAAAGCCCGCUAUCAAUUAUGAUUCAACAAGGUAAUAUUAAGCCAGAAUUAUAUCCUUCACUACAUAACAUUUGGAGAAAUGGCUUAUUACCUAUUUGCUUAAUCUUACUUUCUGAAUUCGGUUCACAAAUGCUAUCAGAUUGUUGUUUAUUCGUAUCUUACUUUUCUAAACAAAUUAAAUCUACUAUAUCAAUAUGGUCUGAUUCUAAUUUAAGAAUAUCUAAUCCUCUAAUUGUUGAAACUUCGCAAUUAAUUUUACUACAAAAGAUAUUUGAAAGUUUAGAUUACAAGAACUUCUUAUCUAAAGCAAGUGCUGGCCAUAGCAGCAAAGAAACUAAUAUUGAAUUAAUAACUGGCUUAGAUUCUUCUUUCGAUAGAAAAUUAUUGAACUCUGAGCUAAAUAGAUUAUUAAUUCAUCCUAAAUAUUUGAAUUCUCGAAUAAUUGCCAGUAAUUUAGAAGAACAGUACUCAUUAGAUGAUGAAAGUUUAAGAGUCGGGUUUGUCAAGGAUGUUAUUCAAAAAAUAAAAGCUUUACAGGAAUCUUUAAACUAA